AUGAAUGUUUCACUCUCCUCGGAUGAGCCUGCCAAAGCGCUUCAGCUGAUGGCGCGCAUGGCGCCCUUCAAUCCCCCACGACUGGCACCACGGGUGCACAAGAACUAUGCUAUGCGCCUAUAUGUCGCAUAUACUGGGUACCUGUGUCUGAUGGCGUCAGAGGCACUGUACCCCUUCAAGCCGCCGUUGGCGACAGGAGGAUUCUGGAGCCUCACUGAGUACAACUCCCAAAAGUUCCUGAUUGACCGCCCACUCGGGAGGUAUUCCGUCAGGGAUCGGACUGAUCUCGCCUACCCAGACAGGACUCCUGUUUAUGAGGAUCGAAGCAGCAAUGAUGAUGGUAGUUUUCAGGUUCUGAUCCAGCCCGCGGAUAAGCGGCCGCCGGCGAAUUGGACGUCGAACUGGCUUCCAAUUCAGUCUGGUGGAGGGGACUUUGAGCUUGCUUGUGAGCGAACUUUUGUCAUUUCUACAGGCACCCCGAGUAACGUCAAAUAG